CAGGGGCAGCAAGAUUUUUGCGUGCCCAAAUUAUUCUUGUAUAUAUAAACCGACGCUGAGAGUAUGCAAUGUCAAAUAUAGUACCAAUAAAUUAAGAGGCUACAAUGAAUUUCUUGGGAGCUCUCUGUAUACUACACCUGAUUGCCUUUGGUUCAGCUGGAGUCAUCAGCCCUGUAUCAGAGAUAAUAGAAGGCCCAAGUUCCAAAACCACUGUGGUUGGUCCUGAUGGCAGCGUUAUAACUGCGGUUGCCCAAGGUGCAAAAAUUGUAGCAAAUGGAGAAACAGCUGUUGUAGCCGGACCUGACACUGCAGCUCUCCUGAAAUCAGCAGAUGAACCGGCUGUGCUCGAAUCUAACAUUCAACCAAUUGCGUUGGUUAAGUCACCCAUCGCUGUGCCUGUUGUUGCAUCCAAAAGUGGUAUUUUAGAGCAUGGACAAUUGGUAGCUCAUGAAAACAACAUUUUGGUAAACCAUCAUAUUGCAUCCGUAGCAGCUCACAGUUCUCCAAUAUUGAAUGCAACUCCUUCUUUAGUCAGUGGACAUCUACAACCAGUAGUGGUUGCACCUGUGGUGAAAUCUCAGCCAAUUAUAGCUCACCAAGCUGCAAUUAUUGCUUCAAAGACUACGGAAUCUGAGCAUUCACAAUCUAUUGUACAUCCUCCAACAUUACAAAAAACGACUUACGUAGAAUCAACAGUGCCUAUUCACGUUCCACUUGUAGAGACAAAUGACGCCAUAGUUAGAGCAGAACCUAUUAUCGCUGGUCAUGUUUCACCUUUAGUAAGUGCUCACCUUGCUCCUGCUCUCCAUUAUAACUUAGAACCAGUAGCUAAAGUUGCUCCAUUAGUCCACGAGAAGGCAGCACUCUUCCACCACCUAGAACCAGCUAUUGUUCCUGCUAUUCCUCUAGUUGAAACCAAAGCAGCAGUUAUAGCUAAAGAGGUAUUACCCGUUGCAUCUGUUGUUGGCACCAAAACUACUAUUACAGGACAAGAACAAUCCAUUAUUCACCCUGGAACUGUACUAAAAUCUCAACCAAUUGUAGCUGUGAAAUCACUACCUGUAUUAACUGACCACAUUCACUCUAUUCCUGUAGUAGCACAACAUGUCCCUGUUCCUGUUAUAGGAACAAAAACCACUCUUUCAGAAAAUGCUCAAACAGUAGUAUCACAUUCUUGGUAAAUUCCCUUGUUACCGGCACUAAACUUAUUUAUUUAUUGUAAUAUUCGGACUGUUUGACAUCAAUUCAAAAAAGAAGAGUUUAAAUAAAAUUAUCUGGGAUAAUAAUUAUUUCUGUGAUUUGUCAAAUAAAAAUUAAUAAUAAAAAAUAUUGUUUUUAUUUAAA